GUCCUUGCAUCACAAAUUGUGUAAGAAUUUUGGCAUCAUGUAAUGACUUGACAGGCUUGUCUUUCAUAAGCAAACCCAAAAGAACGAGCCGCUCCGCCCUUGUUAUAUAUAGCCUAAAGUACACUCAGGAUACAUGAUGAUCCUCUACAACUGCCUCUCAAUACAGAACACUUAUUCGAAUUACUGCAUAAUACCAACAUGUCGUUUACUAUCAAGACUCACUUGGAACCCGUUCAAUCCAACAAAGUAAAGAAGACAGAGUACAACUUAAUCCAAGUCAAAGGCACCUGGAAAUGCAAAGUGGGGAAGAAUUUCAGCCAGAAUUUAAAGGGAUGUGUAUCAGCUGCCAAAAUCUCUGAAAGCACCACAGAGCGGGGAACAUCCUGGACCGUGGUCAGUCCCAUCGUCUUUACCUACAAGGUGAUCCAGUCCAAGGGCCUGCUGGACCCUAGCAAUGACACCCUCCUCCUGGGACACAUCCGAGAUGCCCAGCAGCUGGAGGCCAUGCGGAGCAGCACCACGCCCCUCCGGCGCUUCGUGGUCAUAGAUGAGAUCGUCUACAACCUGUACGGACGCCAGCUCAUUGACUACUUGCAAGCCUUUAACGCUGUGUACAGGAUCCUGCCCUUGCCCACCACUGAGGAAAACAAGUCCAUGGAGCUGGCAAUGAAAAUCCUGGAAGAGGUCCACAAGUUCUCAUUGGACAGACGCACAGAGCCCAUCAUUGCAAUUGGAGGAGGGGUUUGCCUGGACAUUGUAGGACUUGCAGCCUCUCUCUAUAGAAGACGCACCCCAUACAUCCGAGUUCCAACCACCCUGCUGUCCUACGUCGAUGCUAGUGUGGGGGCAAAGAACGGGGUGAAUUUUGCCGACUGUAAGAACAAGCUGGGUUCCUACAUUCCUCCAGUGGCAGCUUUUCUAGACUCCUCCUUCCUUCAGACUGUGCCUCGACGACACAUCUCUAAUGGCCUGGCAGAGAUAUUGAAGAUGGCCUUAAUGAAACACAGAGGACUGUUUGAGCUGCUGGAGAUCCAUGGAAGGUUCCUGCUGGAUUCCAAGUUCCAGACACAGGGGCUCCAGGGGAGGGACUCAGAUGCAGCCUCAGUAUGUACCCGUCUGGCCAUCGAGACCAUGCUGGAGGAGCUGGCCCCAAACCUGUGGGAGGAUGACUUGGACAGACUGGUGGACUUUGGUCACCUUAUCAGCCCCGCACUUGAAAUGAAAGUACUUCCUUCUCUGCUGCAUGGCGAGGCAGUGAACAUUGACAUGUCCUACAUGGUGUAUGUGGCCUGGGAGAGAGGGUUCCUGACAGAGAAGGAGAAGAUACGAAUUAUAAGCUGCAUGGUUGGUCUGGAGCUUCCUGUGUGGCACCAGGACUGCACCUUGGCCAUGGUCAAACAGUCCCUGUGUGAGAGGCUCAAGCACUCUGGUGGGUUUGUCAGGAUGCCCCUGCCCACUGGCCUGGGAAAUGCAGAGAUUUUCAAUGACACCUCUGAUGACACCCUGUAUAAAGCAUAUGUGAGGUGGUGUGAUGAGCUGAGUACAAAACCUCCACACAUACCCAACAGGGAACAUAUCAUUGAUGUGGUACAGUAGAUGGUACAGUAGAAAAUCUUCAUUUACUCACUGAGCUAUAUUUCAUUAUGUAAGAUGUUUGUCUUUGAUUAAGAUACAAUUAUUAUUUUCUUCAUUUUAGGCAUCUAAAUGUUUUUUUUUAUUGCAUUUGAUUUUUGUCAUGUGUAUGACUUUGUAUUUAGGUUUAAUAUUCUAAGUUGGAAACAUUACCAUGAGAGAAUAACAACAACAUUGCAAACCCUGAUUUUGAGCAGGAUUGAGUAUUUCUUGAUGAUGUUACAAAAAGUUUUUAAUAAAAUCAUAUUUAGUUCUAAAAAUACAAUUUGAGUUCUCAUAUUGAAAAUAAUUUUCAGUACCAAGUUCAACAUUUAGAAUACACUUU